AAUUUAUGCCGGUAAUCCUUUAUCAAUCAGCCCAUGACGCGGCCAGACAUGUACAGGUACAGCAGCAGACUGCCAGUCUCCACCGCAGUACACAAUGGAUUAGUUGGGGUUUUUUGUGGCGUGUCAAGUGGCAAAAGGCAGUAGGUUGGGCUGCACUGGGCCUUAAAGCCUUUAUAAAAAACACCAUUACUAACCAUUCUCCAGCCAUUUAAAGUUGGUUCGGAAGUUGCUGAUAGAGAACUUUUGCCUGGAGAAUGGUGGACGUUGAAUGCCGGGCAGUCUCAUCGGUGACCAUUGACCAUCGGCUCUCUGUUCCCGUCCGCCUGCAGCUCUAAAAGGGCAGUACGCCGAAUUGAAGCGCAUAUCCCUCCUUGGUCCGGCAACGUGGUUUGCUCACUCGAUCAUAAAUUCCUCAUAAUGUUGCGGAGGCAAUAUUUGAAUUCCCACUGCAAACAAUAUCAGAUGUCCUGCUCCAGAAGGUUAAGUGCCUUGCUCGCCAGAGUUGAAGCAGGGAUCCGUGGAAUGCGUCCAUUGCCGUUGUGUUCUACGGCGCAUCCUGAGUACGGCUCGAUUACAAGUCUCUUUCUGUGCACUUCUUUUGCCCUUUUGUUGCUUCACGCCUCCCCCAGCGCAGGAUUUAAUGCACCCAGGUAUCAAACAGCCAGGAUGAAUUACAUGUGGACAGGCAACAAUCCCAACCAGCGGAGUUUCUCCAGCGGUCGAAUGGACAACCGGGGUCAGCUGUACGGCAGGAACGGCCCGACUGGCUACUUCGACAGACCGCGAUCCCAACCACCAGCUAACGGUGACCUCUUUCAUGACAGAAGUAACUCACGUUUCAGACAAACUUCGAUGACGGAUGCCCGCGGCGGACAGCCUAUCAUGCAGCCGCGGACGCGGUCCAGUUUUCAGCAAGACCAAUUUUCCAACACGGACAGAAGCGCGCGUCUAGGCGGACUCAGCGAUGUAGCCAGCGCCGCCGCUAACAAUGGCGGGACGCGCGGCGUCAAUGCCCGCCCUCGAGGUAGCGACGGAUCGGCGAAGCCCAAUACAGACGCCUGCAAUAACUGCGGCAAUAACGUGGUGAUCCGCACUCCUGAACUAAGCUCCGCCGGAGACACUAAGGACCGUCAAAACACGAAUCCAUCGCAGGCGCCCAUCCCCGCCCUGCCGAUCUCGGUUAACCCCAUCAACACGUUGAACGUCACCAGCGCGGUGAUCGCACCCACUCGCACCCCGGGUCCGCUGGGAGCCAACGAGCGCUUCGUCAGCAACCGUAUGGCCGGUCGCGCCGACCCCAGUCCCAGCGAUGCCACCAAUCAGGGCACUAGUGUCUCUUUCUCCUUAAAUGUUAUGCGACAAGGUAUACGACAGAUCAACCCCAACAGGAUCACUGCCCCGGCCCCCGCGGCGGUAGCUUCCACAGAAACCAGCGCAGGACUCUCUGUGAGCCCGGGAACGGUAACGCAAACAGUACCGUCGGCGCAACUGUUCGCGCUCAGCACCACCACACAGCCACCAAACAAUCAGCUAAUAAACUCUUCUGACAUUUUCAAUUCAACAUCGCCGCCGUCGCUCGACAGCACGGUGUUAGCCGUGAAUAGUAGCACAACGCCAGCCCCACCACCCGCGGCCGCUGGUUUUGUGGAUGCCUGCCAGUUGUUUUUUGGUUCGUGGCCGAUGCCGUGCGCAGCUCAGUCUCGGCAACCGGCAGUGCGCAGCUUCCCUGGCCAGCCCGUUUACCCGUUUCUGCUCCAGCCACCUCUCCAAGGGCCCUUCAUGUAUGGCAGCCAGCCUGCGUUUCCAGUUUAUGGCUACAAUAUGCAACCGCGUUUUCCAUUCUAACGAAAUAUCGAUUUGGUACAUGUUUGCCGUUGCGGCUCUGCGAAUGCUCUGCUGUAUGACCCUGGUAAUGUACCUGUAUGGAAAAGGAAUGCACUUAAUCUGGUAUAUCAACAUUCAACAACCGUUAUUUAUUUUUUUGGCAUAUUUUGCAAAAAGCCUUCGCUGUAGAAUAAACUUCAGUUCACA